CCCCCCUUUACACCCAUGCCAGACCAGGUUCCAGGUAUAUCCCCAGUCUAGCGGCACAUAAUCGUACGAUCUCAGAUGCUCCGUGCUGCGCGCUAGCUAAGAAAGAUAUAUUCGCAUCCUGCAUGCAUCCAUCCAUCCAUGCGUGGAACAGAUGCCGGUUCGGCACGGCACAGACGACAGCUUGCCAUCCAGCCAACACUUUACUACUCCUCUCAACUUCAGCUCGGAGGUUGACAUCCAGUUAGAGGCUCGCAUGAGGAGUCAAGAAACUUGUCCCUUCUGCACAGCCCUGACUCGUUGGUACGACCGUGACCUGCCAGCGAGUAUUCUCAUCUCAAACAUGUCAAGUCAAGCAGCCUGUUGAAGCAACAAGCGGCCGCCUGUCAAAACCCUUCCAUAGACCCGUUUACUUCACAAUAAUAAUGUCAGAGUUGCCCGCUCUCACCUCGCAUGCAGAGAGAACCCUGACCCCAGUCCUCAUGAUCCCAGUCUGACAGGCCCAGUACGGUUUUCAACGCCUCGUCUACGAGUACCUUGUCCACCAAACAAAGGUGGAAAAGACCAGGAGGGUACGGUAGGGCAGGGCAUACACGGCUCAAUCAGGACCUCAUAUCCUCACGAUGUGAUGCCGCACGAUCCCUGAGAUUUCAUCACGGAUGGAACAGAUUUCCGCCGCAGGAACCUUCUACUCGGGACGCCAUACUACUUGCUCGGAAUGGACAUUAUCCUUUCCGUAGAAAGCCAACAUAUAUGCACUGUUGAGGCAGGAACCGAUGCAGAAAUGACCCCACGCUCUAGAACAGUUGAACAACGAAGCUGAUAGUCAGCCAGCUCACUUCUGCUCUCUACUGCAGCUUUUAGUCUUGAACCCAUGCUGUCGCUCGUACCAAAGUAUCUAUCAGCAGAGUUUCCACUCUAGCAUCAGAUCCACCGUCGAACCGUAAAUCUCUCCAUCUCACGAUCCUAUCCCCUGUAGAAUUUUGGUCGCGCGAUGAUUCUCCCGGCUUCCGGAACAUGCAAGUCCUUGGCCUGCCCUGUCAAGAAGGACACAUCCCCACUGCAACCCUACAAGGGUCGAGGAAGUGGCCUGUCGUUCUCUCAGUCCCCCCGACCAGGCUCUGUCUGCUCUUGCUCAGUUGUGAACGGACCAAAGCACAACACAUUAUUAUUGAGACAGACUACGCAAGCCCAAGAAAGUUCAACGAGAGCAGGCAAUAACCCAACUGCCGUAUGCCCCAUACAUAGGACCACCGAUUUCUGCGACUACGUUAACUGUCAAGACUACCGGUAGCGGAGAGCAACGUCUCUUGGUAGCUGUAUCCAUGUUGCAAUAUGAGAAUACUCCGCUGUCACUUCAUAAUGGUCCCACACAGCCCCCAGCAUAAGACCACAGAUCUGAUAACGACGCGCAUACCGAAUGUUGUUCCAAGUCAAGAUUGAGCAAAUCCUUCUAGAGACCCUCGUCCACUCCCUGCUUAAAACGAUCUCGAGAUCGCCACCCAAAAGUCCAAGGGUAUACAGCACCCUGGCAUCACCUCACGCCAUCUCGCGUUCUUUUCAGGGAGCGCCAUUGUUUGAUCGACCUCGCUCCUUGUCCGUCUUAUACCUAUCCUGGAGUAUAAUUCGCAUCGGAACCACAAGUGGUCAAGAAUGAUGAGCAAUCUCAGAUCCAACGGAAACAUACCCACCCGCCUGCAUGUAUGCAUGUGUCCAUGCGUCCUACCAAAACUUUGUUACUUUGUCAUCUCGGAGCGUUCCUCCUACGAAUUCCCUGCUCGCUCGCCUCUUCCUUGAUUCAUUUGCUCUUAUUUGUACUACAAUGAGCCACUGCGCCGCACUGUCCCUCUGGCGGUAAAUUGCUUUUCAAGAUCAGCAACAGAAACGCUUGACUGCUUUCUCAUGCUGGCCUAGUAGAGCAGGAUGCGCAGCUGUAUUUCCAUUUCGAGCUUUGUGCAAGUCUCAAUCCAUACGGUCGAAGCUUAAGACUACCCAAAGCAGACUAUCAAAAGCCUCAAUUGCUGAACGUCAAACAGAGUACUUCUCCACAUCACAGCCCCACGGAUAGCCCUUUCAGAAAGCUGGCUCGACUGGAUGUCACCUUCUUGAACACCCCACUGUGGGGCCAAUCAAUCUAGAUAUCGAUCUCCUAAUCUCACAUCUCCAAUGAGAGCAAUGAACAAUCGAUCUGGCGAUCUCACCCACCUAUCGAGCAAUCAUCUCGGCCAUCUCCUCUCAUCUCAUCUCACCCAUAACUUUUCUGGCAGGCCAUGCGAGAAAUACGACGUAAGAUACGGAUUUGCAAUAUCUUACCAAGAUAGGCGGCGUCCCCGCGACGCCCGCGCGCCGCCCCCUCUCUUGCAAAGCGACAGGGUCCACAAGUAAUACUCCGAUGCAGAUAUCGCUGUUUCGGACCGUGCCGCUGCCAGACAAUGUCGGGGGUCGCAGACAGGGAAAUGAGAGAAACAGUGGUGACCAGGUCACGGACAACUUUGGUUGUCUUUGAUUGUUGACACUUUCAAUGGAGCUCGCAUCGGUUAUGAGCAGGCAUGAAAUCGAGUAUUGCCGAUUGCCCAGAAAAGGUAUCCGAGAACAUGGAGUAUCAUCAAGUCAACUGUGUUUAAGAUGACGUGCCAAGGGCGAGGUUUCGUUUCGAAACCACUUCCGUCCUCAUGUUGUGGAACCCGAGAAACGGCAUCACUCUCUUUUCGUUCUCGCAAAGCUGAUGUAUGUAUGAUUUGGCGUCCAAACGCCUCGAAUAUCACAAUAUUUGGUACAACAACAAUCAACCGAAGUCCAAGCAACAUGAUAAUUACUUCCCUUCCUAAAGAGGUAUAGUUUACGGAAACUCAAAUGCAGGGUACAUAUUACAACUUAAUCACGAGGCUCAAGCCUCAUGUACACUUGUAUGCUGUAGCCGACGCCUUUUUUUUUUGAACAUCGUUCAAUUCACGACCUUAAUUCAGCCACCAAGGCAAAUCCUAUCCUUCUUCGACGCCGCUUUGACAAGUCCGGUCUCAAUAUUUGCUUUUCUCGUCGGCACAUUUCGCUCUGGCCCGUCCCGAGGCAAGGGCCUGACCUCGGAUACAAAUCAAACAGUAAUAUUUUUCAUGUGCUGUCCAUCUGCCGAAUCUAAGACAGUACACGCAAUUUCAUUCGAUGUGGAAUUCCUCGUCUAGGGCCGUCCUGGGCUUUUGCUGCCAUGUUCAGGAGUUUUCGCUCGGAGCCAUCCCCGUGUGAAGCCAUGGCUAGAAACGGUGAUGUUUACUUUUUAUUGAGGGCGCUUCAAACGGCUUAUCUCGCCAAUCCUUUCCCUAAUUUUUUUCCCAUUGCCGAACCUCUUCGUGCAAAUCUUCCUUCCUUUCUUUUUUGAAUAUUGGAAUACUGUAAGCGAGGUUCAAGUAUUGUCACAGGAAGAAAGAAAGAAAGAAAAAAAGAUUCUUUCUUCGGAAUAUCCCUUCCUUCAUACAGUCAAUGUGGCAAUACUUAAUCUUUCCGCUACUCUGUGAGACCUCCUCCCGCCGGAGGCGCUGUCGUCCCAACUGAUCAUAUCUCAUACUUUGGAAAGGUUAGAUAGUUUAUCACAAUUCUUUCCUUCUAUCAUACACACCACCACUAGCAGCUUCAUUCGCUUCCAUCCCGUUCGGAGCACACCUCCUCACUCCAGUCAUCAACGCCUCAGGCGCCUCCUUCAGUCACACAAGCAUCACAGGCGACUUGCUUUGCUUUUUCCCACCACCACCACCACCUCACAUACCACAUGUCCAGCACGCACGCUUGCACCUGCCACAAUUCUGUCAUAUACAUCUCUCCCUUCCUCUCCUCGUGAUAGGUUCAGUCCCAUCUUCUGUCAUUCAGCCACCACGUGUAAGCCAGCCUCCAAGCCGCGCCACUCCACAUCAAAGGGCAAAAAGUCCUCUUUCACUCCCUCCUCCCAUUCAAUUCAAGCGUACAAAAGAAACUUCAUACAGGUAAAUCGUGCCACUUCCAUUCCUCGUCAUAACUUUACUACACGAUAAUGUACUGUAGCGCAACGGCUGUUCCGCUAUCUUGGGAUCUGAUAUGAUAUAUUAGAUAGGUCUGAGACGCUUCCAUGGCUAUGCUGUCCGGAGAUAUGUACCGCCAAUGUCUCUCAUGGUUUUGUUUGGGGACUUGUUGUUAUCGUUGCAUUUAGAACGGAGGAAGGCUUCAAUUGAUGCAACGAAAAUUGGACCCGAACCCUCCCAUCACCCGGAAUUGGUUGCACUUCUAUGUUGAGCAAUUUGGUGGUGACUUGACUGCUUUGCAUGCAUGCCAGCACUCACACUUUCCCUCGAUAUUCAUAUAAUUUGUGGCAACCCAGGUACAGUCGAUGAUACGCUCCACAUCUCGUUCAUCCCACGUAUUUGACACGGGCUCUGUACGAAUUCAUUUGUCAAGCUUACCAUUUAAAGAUAGAUAGAUAGAUAGUGUAUAAAUUUACUCGACCAGAGGGGGAAAAAGCGACAGGUCUCAAAAAAAAAAAAGUAAACAAAUAAACGUCAACCCUCCCACACGAGCGAAACGUGCGUGGUGACACAACGUGCUCUGCAGAGAGCACAUAACUCCCUAACCACUUGUUUUUUCCUUUUCGAUAAAAGCCACCGACCUCGUGGCGUCAAGUUUUCAGCCUUGAAAAAUCGAUACACAUUUCCUUCUCUCCGCCUUUACUCCUCUUCCAAAAAAAAACGCCUCCAAGCCCUCUCUAAACUACGAUCUCGGGAAAGAAAGAAAGCUAGUGGCAGGCAUCGCACGCCACGGCGGGCAGGGAAAACCUACCCCAUCAGCAUACCUUCUAUACAGCGCCCACGCCACAAAAUCAAAAGGAAAGCAAGCCCGUUAUAGCUCUAAAUCUAUCUAUCCACGUUCUAGUGUCCGUGGAAGCUACGUGGGACUAUUGUGGCGCUGGCGUGGGCCACGCGGGACGGACGGGAGAAGGCGCCUCUGAAAUGAUAAGAGAUAUUGACUCGAUAUUCUUUCUCCUUACCGUGCAGCAUACUCUAGGAAUGGAAGAACGGCCUGUGAAAUUUACCAGAAAUGAGAUCUGGAAAGGGACAGGAUUACGUGUUGAUGGAUCGUUGGCUUCCGGGACUGAGAUUGGGGGUUGUGACUGAGUUGGAAUCUGGCGGAGAUGCGGUGAGAUGUUCCGCUAGAUGUUUUGAUGUCUAUUAGCAGGAUUCCGAAGACAGUGAGAAUGUGAUAUCUCUGAGUGUGUAUUGAUUCUCUUUUGUUGAACUAUUUCCACCUUUCUGGGGGCAAUUUGUCACUCUUGUCCGUUUCCUGCUUCAGAAUUCUAUCUCUCGUCUCUUAGGGCAACCACAAAAACCCACAAGCUUUUCAACAAUAACACCCAAAUCAAACAAAUUGCACCAAGCAACUUUCACCAGAUUUUUUGCUCUCUCAUAGACAGCCAUCUAUGUCAUAUUCUUCCUCCAUUUACUUUCCUUCAAGCGCCCCAAAAGCCUCAGAUCAUAACACAUUCGCUUAUCGUGCACCCCUAUUUGCCAGGAACAUUCCACAAUACGCCAUGUCUCUGCCCCCCUUUUGCC